AUGAUAGACUUGCUUGAGGAGUUAGCGGAUCUGUAUCGAAUGCUUGGGGACUUGGUAUGGGCAGAAGAGUGCUCACCGGCUCAUCUCCGUGAGCAGACUGCCAGACUAGGAAGAUCUCAUGAGGCCACACUCAAGUCACUUGCAAGACUUCUUGAGAUUCUUGGCCGACAAGUCAUGUACGACGAGGCAGAGCACGAGAUCUUCACGUUUGUAAGGGACGCCUCAGAUCGGACGGCCGUGCUGGCGGCCAUGUCAGGGGAUCAGCUCUCCUUUCUCGAAAGCGCUUUUCUGAGGCCCCCCGAAGCAGGCAACGCAGUGCCGCCGACAUGGGAUGCACUGUCGAUCACACAACCACCUACAUCUAACACCACGCUCACAGCAUUCAUCGUCCCAGGUCACUCUUUGCAGAAGUUCACGCCACAAGCACCUCGCGAAGGAGUGCAUGAUCUGCACCAACAAGCGCCAGGUCUCCACGGCCAGAUACGCGCGCAGAUGGGCAGACGCGAACGGGAUCUUCGAGACGCAGCGGGGAACGAACCCGACCUGGUGACGUUGUUUGAGGUGAUGGCCACUGGGUCAACAGCUCUGAUAUCUGAUUACAGCCGAUACAUCGAUGCCGACACGACUCGAUUUCGGGAUCCGGUGAAUGCGCGGACGAUUUUGCAUUAUGCGGCAGCAUUUGGAGAACCACACGUUGUCCAAAAGUGUAUUGAUGUCGAUCCGAGCCUAGUCAAUGCUAGAGAUAUCUUCGGCGCAACACCUCUGCAUCUUGCUGAUGUGAAUGGACGUUCGAAAUCGUUUCGAGCUUUGGUGGCAGCACAAAGUGCUGUCAAUCUCAGAAGCAAUACUGGAAUGACAGCUAUAGGGUACGCACGCCAGCGUAUGUACCUGACAGCAUCCAUGGACAAAGAAGAAGGGGGACCCAGAUAUGCGAAACCUAGUCGGCAGUCUUCCUGA